AUGAUGCGUGACGACGAGCAUAAUGGCGAAGACCUCUCGACUCUAUCUCCUUACUCUACCCCCCCUUCCCCGGACACGCUCACCAGUUUGAUUAGGCGGUUACGCGUGCUUACGCUGAAGCUAUUACCAGUCGAAGUCCCAGUUGAAAGCAUAAACGACCCCACAAGCAGAGUUAUCACGCUGCAGGUCAUCUCUGCAUAUAUCGGUGCAGCAGGAGAUUUUUUGGAUGCUUUGCCGUACUGUUUGCUACGCGCACACAAGGACUUCCGAUGGGAUGCCAACCACAACCCUGCAGAUUACGAAGAAAACACUUGCAGAGCGACUGCUUGUGAGGUACUUGCGCGACGAGUUGUCCAUCAGGCAGGACCAGACAGGAUCAGCCAUAUGCUGUCUACUCGGUUCAGGCAUAGCGAACCUGACGGUGAUAUGAGUGAGAAUGCCAGUGCGCUUGAGUUAGCUAUCGAUUCACAUUGUAUUAUAUUCCUGUCAUCGAGCGAAGCCCAAGCAGUCGUCGACGAUAUCUGGCGCGGAGAGUUGAUACAGAAACGCGACAAAGAUGGUGAAACAAAAUUUGUACCAUACAAACAUUCGUUCAGCAGCUUUUGGGAGCACCUUGAUCCUUCUCGCAUGGGGGUUCCACGGUAUCUGAAUAUGUUCCGGAUCAUCGUGUGGUUUCUCUUCCUAAUUGCGUACUCUCAGGCUGUCCGCGAACCAUUGGAUAAGCUAAAUCCAGACCACUCCGAUUUUGAAGCCUGGGAAAUCAUCAUGUACAUCCUGGGGUUGUCGUUUUCAUUCGAAGAUUUGCACAAGAUCUACCAGCUGCUACUAUUCGUCUCAUGGCGAGCACUAGGCUUCUGGCACGUGGUGUCCUUCCUCACAGACUCGCUGCUCCUUGCUGCAUUCAUACUUCGUGUUUGGGGAAUUGCUGCGGCAGACCCUCAGAGUGUCAUGUUGCGUACACGCAGUUUCCAGUGCCUGAGUUUUGUUGCCCCACUCAUUUGGAUGAAACUUAUCCCUAUAUUCGACGGUUUUAAGUUCGUGGGCACAAUGCAGAUAUGUGUUGCCCGGAUGCUCAAGGAGUCAGGAAUUUUCUUCGGACUGCUUGCACUACUAGGGAUAGGUUUUCUGCAAGGACUGUAUGCCCUGGAUGCGGCAGAUGGACAGGCUGAUCAUCCGUACGAGGUUAUGCAUGUGCUAGUACAAUCUCUGUUGCAAUCACCAGAUUAUCAGAAGUUCUCCGCUAGCCCCUCCGGACAACUGCUAUAUUAUCUAUGGAAUGUUGCGACCACUCUCAUCCUCCUGAACGUUCUCAUCUCUUUGUUCUCUUCUGCAUAUGAUGAUGUAAUAGAAGAUGCCGCGGCCCAAUAUCUCACUUACUUCGCCGGCAAAGUGGUUGGGAUGCUCAGGGCGCCUGAUGAUUACGCCUAUCCUGCGCCGUUCAAUCUCAUUGAGACCUUUCUCAUAGCGCCGUUCGAAUUUUUCGUUAGCACAAAGGCGUACUCGAAGAUCAACCGCUACGUCAUGCUAGUACUGUUCGUCGUCCCGCUGUCCAUGAUCGUGGUGUACGAGUCCGAGCUCGAUCCCGCCAAGAACAAGUGGGUGAAGGACUGGCUGAGCUACCCCGAUGAGGACAGCGAGGACGACCCGCAGGUGCAGAACCCGGAGGUCGCAGUGGUCGAUGCGGAGCGGGGACUCAGGAUCAGCAAGGUGCCGUUCGAGGCACUGGUGAAGGAGUUCCCGGAUACCACCCAUUCGAGCGAGGCUGUAAUCCUUAGAGAGGUGCGGGAUCUGAAGGAGCAGAUCGAGGAGCUGAAGAAGCUACUAGCACAGAAGGCAUGA